AAUGCCUUUUUUCUGCUGCAAAUUAAGGGAUUCUGGGAAGUGAUCAGCGACGAACACGGCAUCGACCCCACCGGCACUUACCAUGGCGACAGCGACCUCCAGCUCGACCGCAUCAGCGUCUACUACAACGAGGCCACCGGGGGUAAGUAUGUGCCAAGGGCCAUCUUGGUGGACCUGGAGCCGGGCACCAUGGACUCUGUGCGUUCAGGACCCUUCGGGCAGAUCUUCCGGCCAGACAACUUUGUUUUCGGCCAGAGCGGCGCGGGCAACAACUGGGCCAAGGGUCACUACACGGAGGGGGCUGAACUGGUGGAUUCGGUCCUGGACGUGGUGAGGAAGGAGGCGGAGAGUUGCGACUGUCUUCAGGGCUUCCAGCUGACCCACUCGUUGGGUGGUGGCACCGGUUCGGGCAUGGGGACCCUCCUGAUCUCCAAAAUUCGUGAAGAAUACCCCGACCGCAUCAUGAACACCUUCAGCGUUGUCCCGUCUCCCAAGGUGUCAGAUACGGUGGUGGAACCCUACAACGCCACCUUGUCUGUCCACCAACUUGUGGAGAACACGGACGAGACCUACUGCAUCGAUAACGAAGCUCUCUACGACAUCUGCUUCCGUACCCUGAAGUUGACCACUCCCACCUACGGUGACCUCAACCACCUCGUUUCUGCCACCAUGAGCGGCGUCACCACCUGCCUGCGUUUCCCUGGUCAGCUCAACGCCGAUCUCCGUAAGUUGGCCGUCAACAUGGUGCCCUUCCCGCGUCUUCACUUCUUCAUGCCCGGUUUCGCCCCUUUGACGUCACGCGGCAGCCAGCAGUACCGCGCCCUCACCGUCCCCGAGCUCACCCAACAAGUUUUUGACGCCAAAAACAUGAUGGCAGCCUGCGAUCCCCGUCACGGCCGUUACCUCACAGUGGCCGCCGUCUUCCGAGGUCGCAUGUCCAUGAAGGAGGUAGACGAGCAGAUGCUCAACGUGCAAAACAAGAACAGCUCUUACUUCGUCGAGUGGAUCCCCAACAACGUCAAGACGGCCGUGUGCGACAUCCCGCCGCGUGGCCUCAAGAUGGCCGUCACCUUCAUCGGCAACAGCACGGCCAUCCAGGAGCUCUUCAAGCGCAUCUCGGAGCAGUUCACGGCCAUGUUCCGACGCAAAGCCUUCCUCCACUGGUACACGGGCGAAGGGAUGGACGAGAUGGAGUUCACCGAGGCCGAGAGCAACAUGAACGACCUGGUUUCGGAGUACCAGCAGUACCAGGAUGCCACCGCCGAGGAGGAGGAGGAUUUUGGUGAAGAGGCCGAAGAGGAGGCCUGAGGGACGGCCCUUGUCCUUCACUGCCGUUGUCAUCCUCGGAGAGCC